AUGGGAGAAGCAGUAGUAUACGAUCUGUGGCUUUGCAUCAUUGACGCAGACUCGACGGGUGGAAUCACGCGCGGCAAAAGCCAAAAGCAGAGGGGGGCCAAUCAGGGAACGAACCAUUUUACCAGUGCCUCCGGGCGGGGUGGCGACGAGAGGAGUGGUUCGUUCGCAGCUGAGUUAACACCCCGAAACAUGAGUAGUGAGACUCAUCCACGGCCUCGCGAUGAGGCAGCAGCGCGUCACCAAAGUGAUGGGCAUGAGAGUCGGGAUGAAUUGGCGGAGGAUGCCAUAUUCUGGGAUCAGUCAGUUAGAAAAGCUGGGGUUUCAUGA